GAUCCAAACGGCCCCGAGCCAUUGAAAUGAUGAUAUCAGAGGAUAAAUCUAAGCUAUUUCCAUACACACGACGCUUGCAUCCGAUGUGUUUAUUUCACGCUCGUGACCUUUAGUUUUUCUAAUGUGCUUUUGUAUACAAUGGUUAGAAAACAAUAAUCGUUUGCGCGUCAUCGUCAAAUGCGCGCCCCCAGUAGAAACCUGCACAAGGAUCACACAGGGAUCUUAUUGUUAGAUGAGAAGAGUGAGGGAGGUCCCACAUGUGAGUUAUCUCCACCAGAGAGAUUAAAACGUUGAUAUUUCCGGCACAGCAAAACCAAAUUGAAAGCCUGUACAUACAGGACAACCAAAGCAGAAAACAGAAAAUGGCUUGAAACACAUCGACAAGACCAGAAUUCAGCAAGGCACGGCAAAAUGGAAAAACACAUCCUAUCCGUCCAAUUUCUGUCUUAUGUCAAGCAGCAGAUAAUUUGUGGGGAAAUGAAGGAGCUCAGAUUUUCCUGAUAAACACUCACUCUCUUGGAAGCUUCGGAGUGAAAUCCCAACCAUGGCUGUCAUUUGGGUCCUGUUCUCCAUGCUGACUGUAUGCAUGGCAAUCAAUAUGGAAGCUACUGGGAGCCAUAGCAUGUUUACCUGUGAACCGAUCACAUUACGGAUGUGCCAGGGCCUCACCUACAAUACCACAUUUAUGCCCAACCUUUUAAAUCACUAUGACCAACAAACUGCUGCUCUCGCAAUGGAGCCCUUUCAUCCUAUGGUGAAUUUGGAGUGCUCUACGGAAAUCCGCCCCUUCCUGUGUGCCCUUUAUGCACCCGUGUGCACCGAAUAUGGCCGUGUGACCUUGCCAUGUCGACGCCUGUGCCAACUUGCCAAGAGCGAUUGCUACAAACUCAUGGACAUGUUUGGGGUCACCUGGCCAGAUGAGAUGGAGUGUAGCAGGUUUCCAGAAUGUGAUGAUUCUUAUCCACGAGCUAUAGAUCUUCUCCCCAGCAGUGAUGGUACAGAAGAAUCUCCUUCAUCUGUUCAACGGGACUACGGUUUCUGGUGCCCACGAGAGCUAAAGAUUGACCCCGAGCUGGGAUACUCAUUCAUGGGUGUGCGCGACUGCUCGCCUCCUUGCCCAAACAUGUACUUCCGCAAGGAUGAGCUCAUCUUCGCACGCUAUUUCAUUGGGGUCGUCUCCAUCGUCUGCCUGUCAGCCACGCUUUUCACAUUCCUGACCUUCCUCAUCGAUGUUGGACGAUUUCGCUACCCGGAGCGGCCCAUCAUCUUCUAUGCCGUCUGCUACAUGAUGGUGUCCCUGGUCUUCUUCCUGGGUUUCCUGUUGGAGGAUCGCGUGUCGUGUAAUGCCUCAAGCACCGGUCGAUUCCGCGCCUCCACCAUCACCCAGGGCUCCCAUAACAAAGCCUGCACACUGCUCUUCAUGACCCUUUAUUUCUUCACCAUGGCAGGUAGCGUGUGGUGGGUCAUCCUUACCAUCACCUGGUUCCUGGCUGCCGUUCCCAAAUGGGGAAGCGAAGCUAUUGAGAAGAAGGCUUUGCUUUUCCAUGCCGUGGCCUGGGGGGUACCGGGAGCCCUCACCAUCACCCUCAUGGCCAUGAACAAAAUCGAGGGUGACAGCAUGAGUGGCGUUUGUUUUGUUGGGCUUUACGAUCUUAUGGCCCUGCGAUGGUUCCUCUUGGUUCCUCUCGCAUUGGAUGUGGUCGUAGGCGUGGUGCUGCUGUUAGCCGGCAUCGCUGCACUUAAUAGGGUCCGAAUGGAGAUCCCUUUAGAGAAGGAGAACCAGGACAAGCUGGUGAAGUUCAUGAUUCGGAUUGGCGUGUUUUCAGUGCUGUAUCUGGUGCCUCUACUGACAGUGAUUGGAUGCUAUUUAUAUGAGCAGAGCUACAGAUCAGUCUGGGAGAGCACCUGGGUACAGGAGCGGUGUAGAGAGUACCACAUUCCCUGCCCAAUGAAGGUGGAACAGACAAGCAGGCCAGAUAUCGCAUUGUUUCUCAUUAAGUACCUGAUGAUGCUGGUGGUAGGCAUCCCAUCAGUGUUUUGGGUUGGAAGUAAAAAGACCUGCUUUGAGUGGGCCGGUUUCUUCAACGGGCAACGCAGAAAAGACAGCGCGGUGCACGAGAGCAGGCAGGUGCUCCAGGAGCCUGACUUCACCCAACUUCUCCUCAGGGACCCCAACAUCCCAGUGGUGAGAAAGUCCAGAGGCACCUCAACUCAGGGCACCUCCACCCACGCUUCCUCCACGCACCUCGCCAUGUUGGACGAGCCCCCCAGUGCCAGCACCAGCCGUGCGAGCAGCAAGGCCAGCAGCUUCCAUGGCAGUCUGCACCGCUCACGAGAUGGGAGGUACACAGCCAGUAGUUUCCGUGGUGCCGAGGACCGUCUUCCUCACGGGAGCACCCUACGGCUCAACGAUCCCCUACAGCACUGCAGCGUCAACCGCCUUGACAGCCAUUCGCGACAUGGCAGUCUGCAGCGUCUAGAGAGCCAAUCACGGCACAGCAGCGUACGGGACCUCAGCAACACUGCACAGACCAUCCAAAGCGUUCCUGGCAACGGGAUUCACCGUGUCAUAGAGGAGGAUGGAACCAAGGCAUGAACCUUAAUAUUGCAGCAGAUGAGAGCAAAUGAGUGAAGAGGACAUUGAGAUGAAGAAUUCACAUUGACUCCUAAUUUACAUUAAAAGAAUUCUCGCCGGCUUUGAUUUCACAGUGACUGAAUUCACAUUGACACUGGAUUCACAUUGACACUGAACUCAUAUUGGCUCCGAAUUCACAUAGACUGAAUACACACUGACAAAUUCACAUUGGUUCCGAUUUCACAAUGACAAAUUCACAUUGGUUCUGAAUUCGGACUGACUAUGAAUUCCUAUAGACUGAAUUCACAUUGACACUAUAUUCAUAUUGGCUCUGAAUUCACAGUGACAAAUUCACAUUGGCUACGAAUUCACAUAUACUGAAUUCAGACUGACUCUGAAUUCCCAUAGACUGAAUUAACAUUGACUUUGAAUUCACAUUGACACCGAACUCAUAUUGGCUCUGAAUUCACAUAGACUGAAUUCAAAUUGACUCUGAAUUGCCAUAGACUGAAUUAAUAUUGACUUUGAAUUCACAUUGACACUGAAUUCACAUAAACUGAAUUCACAUUGACUCUGAAUUCCCAUAGACUGAAUUAACAUUGACUUUGAAUUCACAUUGACACUGAACUCAUAUUGGCUCUGAGUUCACAUAGACUGAAUUCAAAUUGACUAUGAAUUCCCAAAGACUGAAUUAACAUUGACUUUGAAUUCACAUUGACACUGAACUCAAAUUGGCUCUGAAUUCACAUAGACUGAAUUCAAAUUGACUCUGAAUUCCCAUAGACUGAAUUCAAAUUGACUCUGAAUUCCCAUAGACUGAAUUAAUAUUGACUUUGAAUUCACAUUGACACUGAAUUCAUAUAAACUGAAUUCACAUUGACUCUGAAUUCCCAUAGACUGAAUUAACAUUGACUUUGAAUUCACAUUGACACUGAACUCAUAUUGGCUCUGAGUUCACAUAGACUGAAUUCAAAUUGACUCUGAAUUCCCAAAGACUGAGUUAACAUUGACUUUGAAUUCACAUUGACACUGAACUCAUAUUGGCUCUGAGUUCACAUAGACUGAAUUCAAAUUGACUCUGAAUUCCCAAAGACUGAAUUAACAUUGACUUUGAAUUCACAUUGACACUGAACUCAUAUUGGGUCUGAAUUCACAUAGACUGAAUUCAAAUUGACUUUGAAUUCACAUUGACACUGAAUUCACAUAAACUGAAUUCACAUUGACACUGAAUUCCCAUAGACUGAAUUAACAUCAACUUUGAAUUCACAUUGACCCUGAACUCACAUUGGCUCUGAAUUCACAUUGAAUGACUCUGAAAAAGAAAAAUAAUACAUCUUUGAGAUCCCUAGGCAUGAAUCUGGGACCUUGGGAUUACAUUCACCAAUGCUUUACCAAUGUAAAAUAAUGAGAAACAACUCAGCCGAAUGGACUUUAUGAAUUCUGCUGUUGAAGACUUGUAAUGUUUUCAGGUUAAAUGCUGUACUGUACUGUUAAGAUUUUCUCAGAGAUAUAAAAUAAUGAGAUUGUGAAAGCUGUGUGGAAUCAGUGUGUUUCUACAAAAACAGGGUUAAAGGUAAGAGCUUCUUAAGCAUCAUUCUGUGAUGUGUUGAGGUUCUUACUGUUUAAUGUUUCAAUGCUUUAAUGUUCUGGUUUGAAACUGCUUUUUAUUGUUUGUUGCACUUUUGACCGUUUUGUAGGACACAACUUGUAUACUGUAAGCCUCGCACAUUGGGGUUGGACUAUGAAUUUGAUUAAAAACAUGUAAAACACAAAAAGUUAGAAUAGAUAUAUUUUAGACUUAUUUCUUAAAUUGGCAUUUCAACUGAGCUCUUCUCUGUUGAGUUUUAGCACUAAUUAGUUGUCAUUUUCGUAUCAACAUAAUUUACCGAAAACUGUGAAAAUACUUUUGUAAUAACAUGUCCAUAAAAAAUAAGCAUCCCAGGUAAUUUAUGUACAAAAUAAAGUAUCACCACUACACAUUAA